AUGAGGUCUGUCGUCUUCAAAGGGGUCAAGCAGGUUGCUCUUGAAAAUCGGCCGAAACCUACAAUUCAAGACCCGACCGACAUCAUCGCCAAAGUGAAAUACACGGCUUUGUGUGGAAGCGAGCUCCAUGUCUUUCGCGGGCAUCAACCUUCCGGAACCGGCUUCAUCAUGGGCCACGAGUUCACUGGCGUUGUCGAUGAAGUCGGCUCCGCUAUAACCAAGCUCCAGCCAGGCGAUGCGAUUGUGAGCCCUUUCACCGUGAGCUGCGGAGAGUGCUUCUUCUGCAAACACGGAUUCUCGUCACGAUGCGACAAGAGUCUUCUCUUUGGUACCGUUCCUCUUGAUGGGGCGCAAGCGGAAUAUGUGAGGAUUCCGUAUGCUGAAAGCACUGUCGUAAAGGCUCCCGAGGAGAUUGACGACUUGAAGCUAUGUCUGAUGGCGGAUAUCUUCCCAACUGGCUGCUAUGCUGCAUCUAAUGGUCUGAAGGAUCUGAGUAAAGAGCAGGUCGAGGAUAGCAUCGUCGUUUUGAUCGGAUGCGGACCAGUGGGUAUCUGUGCCCUUAUCGCCGCGCUGGAGUACAAGCCCAAGGCCAUUCUCGUAGUUGACGGUAUCGAGUCCAGACUUUCACUUGCCAAGAGCCUUGGAGCCGAACCGUGGAAUUACCUCACGCAGAAAGAUGAGCUGGAAAAGCGAGUCAAGGAAUUGAGUGACGGCCGCGGUGCUGAUGUGAUCAUUGAGGUUGUUGGACAUAGCUCGGCUCUGGAUAUGGGCUUCAAGCUUCUUCGACCAUGGGGCAUCAUCUCUAGUGUUGGUGUACACAAUGGAGAGAUUCCGUGGACAGGAAAUCAGGCUUACGGGAAGAACCUCACUAUCAAGAUGGGCAGAUGUCCUGUUCGGAGCAUCUUCGAAGACUCAUUGAAGCUGCUUGCUAAGAAGCAGCAUCUCUUGGACUUCAUGACCGCGACGGUAAUGCCGCUCAGCAAUGCUCUUGAGGGCUACGAGCUGUUCGACUCGAUGAAGGCUCAAAAGGUCAUAUUCGAUGCAGAGAAAUAA